AUGACUUCACUGAGAGUUGGCUGGUAUGGCCUUGGAUCAAUGGGCCUAGGAAUGUCCCUCAAUCUCCAAAAAUAUCUUCAAAGCAACAAUUUGUCGCCACUUCGUUACAGCAAUCGCACUUUGUCAAAAGGUGACCUUCUUCGUGAUCAAGGAGCCAUACCUGAAGAGAAGUUCGAAGAUGUUGUCCUAAAUUCGGAUGUAAUCUUUACAAUGAUCUCCGUUGACGAUGUUCUAAUUGAACUAUUUAACAAGGCCUUGGUUGCGGACGAUUCAUUGAAAGGCAAAAUCUUCGUGGACACUUCUACUAUUCAUCCAGACACAUCAGAAUGGGCCACAUCGCGUCUCAGUGAAUAUGGGGCAACAUUCAUAGCUGCUCCAGUAUUUGGUGCUAGCCCCGUGGCAGCCUCUGGGAAGCUGAUCUUUGCGGUAGCCGGACCUUCUACUGCAGUUGAGACAAUCAAACCUCUUAUUAUAAACGUCAUGGGACGCAGCAUCAUUGAUAUGGGAGAAGAUGUGCGAAAAUCGAGCCUUCUCAAAAUCUCGGGAAAUAUUCUCGUUAUCAGCUUCAUGGAAGUGAUUGCAGAAGCUCAUGUAUUCGCUGAAGUGACAGGGAUCGGCAAUCAACAGCUGGAGGAGUUUAUUGGCAAUAUGUUUGGUCCUGUGCUCGAAAGCUACUCAAAACGUAUUACCACUGGCACGUAUGCACCGCCGCUGGACACGUCUCCUGGAUUUGCAGCAGCCCUUGCAAGCAAAGACAUGAAACAUGCCCUCUCCAUCGCUGCCAGUCAUUCAACUCGUCUUCCAACGCUCGAGGUUGCGUCAGCUCGUCUUACGGCAGCCCGAGAAUAUGCUGGCGAGUGCUUGGAUAGUUCGGCCAUUUAUGGAACAGGACGAAUGGAAGCCGGUCUGUCUUUUUGGAGCGAAAACAGUCGACAGGGAAACUGA